AUGCCGCCCAAGAAGGUUGAUCAGCCCAAGAAGAAGAAGGCCACGGUCGAUGAUAAGACCUUUGGCAUGAAAAACAAAAAAGGUGGUGCCGCCAAGAAACAAAUCACCCAGCUACAAGCGCAAGCCUCGCACAACAAGACUCCGGAAGCAAAGCGGAAAGAAGCCGAGAAGGCCCGACGUGAGGCUGAGAAGAAGGCCUCCGAACAAGCGAAGAAGGAGUCUGCCGAUCUUUUCAAGCCUGUGCAAGUACAGAAGGUUCCCUUCGGUGUCGAUCCGAAGACGGUCCUAUGUGUCUACUACAAACAAGGCAACUGCGACAAAGGCCGCAAGUGCAAGUUCAGCCAUGACCUGAACAUUGAGCGCAAGGCGGCCAAGAAGGAUCUUUACACCGACUCGCGUGAUACUAAGGAGGCCGAGGAGGAGGCCAAGAAGGCUGACACCAUGGAUAAAUGGGACGAGGAGACACUGCGCAAGGUUGUCGUGAGUAAACAUGGCAACCCGCGGACGACCACCGACAAGGUGUGCAAGUACUUCAUAGAGGCUGUGGAGAACCAGAAGUAUGGCUGGUUCUGGAGCUGCCCCAAUGGAGGAGACAAGUGCAUGUACAAGCAUAGCUUGCCACCCGGAUUCGUCCUCAAGACGAAGGAGCAGAGAGCCGCCGAGAAGGCUUUGAUGGACAAGUCGCCGUUGAACACUUUGACCUUGGAAGACUGGCUGGAAUCGGAGCGACACGGAUUGACGGGUACCUUGACCCCGGUUACACCAGAGACCUUUGCCAAGUGGAAGAAGGAACGCUUGGAUAAGAAGGCUGCCGAGGACCAAGCCCGGAAAGCCAAGGAUGCUACUGGUCGGUCGAUGUUCGAAAAUGGUGACUGGGGCGAGGAAAGUAGCGAUGAAGACGACGACGAUCCAAGUGCAUUCAACCUGGAGGAAAUGCGUUUGGAAACCGAGCGGAUUCGUGAGCAAAAGGAAGAAGAGCGUCUGGCCAAGCUCCAUGGGGUGGAAAUUCCACCGUCAAAUGACGCGACGAUUGCAGAGGCGGCCGGCUGA